AUGCUACCGUUAGAGCGACGUGGUCCUUGUCCGAUACAUGGUAAAGUUGAAGUUGCCCGUUCGCGUGCGGUGAUAGGCUGCUUACCGCCAUCAAUAUCCGCAAAUCAGAACGCUCAGUUAUGUGUCCACUUCGUUCAUCCCGAUGACUGGCUGGCAGCAAACGUCAGGAUCGAGUUAUUGGAUCAAAAUGGCGGCGGCAUCGAUACGACGAAGACGCUCCGAGAAGAAAAGAAACAGGGCGCGUUCGAGUUCCAACAGCAGAAGAAGAUCGUUGGCGGCCUGCUCUCAAUUGCCAAAAGUGUGAAAUGCAAUUGUGGCCAUUUUGUGGCCAUUUUUCUGAUCCAAUCCUCACAUUCUGAUCCCAACUUUUUUGCGGUAGUUGGCGACCUCGAGAUGCUUGAGAAAACGGUCAAGUCGCUGCAGGUGAUCGGUGUGACGGACGUGAAAGAGGCGCUUGUGGACUUUAAGGGCGCGCACAAACGCACGGCGCUGCAUUUUGCCGCGGCGAAAGGGCGUCGUCAAGUGAUUAAUUACAUCUUGGAACGAGCCCCUGACUGUGUCGAGGCUGUGGAAGAAGAAGGAGCGACCCCGCUGCUGUAUGCAGUCAAGGAGAACUAG